CACCGGAUGAGGUUCGAACACUUGUAUUCAACUUCCGGGUGCCAGUACUGUGCAUGAAGUAAGGUCUGCUUGCAAUUUAAUUUGGAUAAACGGACUUUGUACAAUGUCCCGGGGCUCAAGUGCAGGGUUUGAUCGACACAUCACCAUCUUCUCUCCUGAAGGAAGACUCUACCAAGUCGAAUAUGCCUUCAAGGCAAUAAACCAAGGUGGACUCACAUCAGUAGCAGUCAGGGGGAAGGACUGUGCAGUUGUUGUAACACAGAAAAAAGUACCGGACAAGCUUCUGGAUGCAUCCACAGUGACUCACCUUUUCAGAAUAACAGAUAAUAUUGGCUGUGUAAUGUCUGGAAUGACAGCUGACAGCAGGUCCCAAGUGCAGCGAGCUCGCUACGAGGCAGCUAACUGGCAGUAUAAGUAUGGUUAUGAGAUUCCAGUGGACAUGCUGUGCAAGAGAAUCGCUGACAUCUCGCAGGUCUACACACAGAACGCUGAAAUGCGACCACUAGGCUGUUGUAUGAUCGUGAUUGGGAUCGAUGAGGAGUUUGGCCCCCAGGUGUACAAGUGUGACCCAGCAGGUUACUACUGCGGCUUCAAGGCUACAGCUGCUGGAGUGAAGCAGACAGAAGCCACCAGUUUCUUGGAGAAGAAAGUGAAAAAGAAACUGGACUGGACCUUUGAACAAACUAUUGAGACAGCAGUUUCUUGUCUGUCAACUGUACUUUCCAUUGACUUCAAGCCCUCUGAGCUCGAGGUGGGCGUUAUUACAACGCAGGACCCAAAGUUCAGAAUUCUGACAGAGACUGAAGUGGACUCCCACCUGAUGUCUCUUGCAGAGCGAGACUGAGCUGGCGACCUUUCACCAGGUGGAUUGGAGUUAGAGCAUAAAGGGAUAUGCAGUUCCCAGAUGGAGAUGGGCGUUAUCUUUGUUUGCUGUACAUUUACCCAACUGUUUCAUUCAAUAAUUAAAAAAAAGUUUUUGGAGUAAAACA